AUGAAGAAUCUUUGUUCUUUUAAUAUUUUCUUUUGGCUCCUGAAGUUUUCUCUCACUUUGUGUUGUUUGAUUGAACCCAUUUGCUUUUGGAGGAUAAAGAAUAGUGAAGAUAACAACGGAGAUUUGAGAAGUGACUGUGGUUUUUCCAUUUUUGCAAUAGAGGGACCUGUUGAAGAUGAUUUGUAUAAUGAAACUUUUGGUUUUAGGUAUUCAAAUGUGUCACAAAAACAUGAAUUUUUUCUUGUAAUGUUUUUUGCUACUGAUGAGAUUAACAAAAAUCCUUAUCUUUUACCCAACAUGACUUUGAUAUUCUCCAUCGUUUUUGGCCAGUGUCAAGAUACAUUGAGAGUUCUUGACUUUAUACAUUCUAUGCAAAUAAAACAAAGUGAGGCUUUUAUUAAUUAUAACUGUGAAGAGGGUUUUUGUGAUGUAGGCCUUACAGGACCAUCAUGGAAAACAACCUUAAAACUAGCGAUUAAUUCCAGGAAUCCAAAGGUUUUCUUUGGACCAUUUAAUCCUAACCUGAGUGACUAUGACCAGUUGCCCUAUGUCCAUCAGAUAGCCACCAAGGACACACAUUUGUCCCAUGGCAUGGUCUCCUUGCUGCUUCAUUUUAGAUGGACUUGGAUAGGCGUGGUCAUCUCAGAUGAUGACCAGGGAAUUCAGUUUCUCUCGGAUUUAAGAGAAGAAAUGCAAAGGUAUGGGAUCUGUUUAGCUUUUGUGAAUGUGAUCCCAGAAACCAUGCAGACAUACAUAACAAAGGCUACGAUAUAUGAUAAACAAAUUAUGACAUCUUCAGCAAAGGUUGUUAUCAUUUAUGGUGAAAUGAACUCCACUUUAGAAGUCAGCUUUAGAAGGUGGGAAUAUUUAUGUGCUCGGAGAAUCUGGAUCACAAAUUCACAAUGGGAUGUUAUCACAAAUAAAAAGGAAUUCAGCCUUGAUUUCUUUCAUGGUAUUGUCACUUUUGCACACCACAGAGGUCAGAUUGCAAAAUUUCAGAAUUUUCUGCAAACUGCGGACACUGGCAAAUAUCCAGUAAACAUUUCUGACUCUAUAUUGGGGUGGAAUUAUUUUAAUUGUUCAAUCUCUAAGGAUAGCACUAAAAUGGAACAUUUUAAAUUUAACAAUAUAUUGGAAUGGACAGCACUGCACAAAUAUGACAUGGCCCUGAGUGAAGAAGGUUACAAUUUGUAUAAUGCUGUGUAUGCUGUGGCCCACACCUACCAUGAAAUGAUUCUUCAACAAGUAGAGGCUCAGAUACCAACAGGAUACAAAGGAAUAUUUACUGACUGUCAGCAGGUGUCUUCCUUGCUGAAGACCAGGGUGUUUACUAAUCCUGUUGGAGAACUGGUGAACAUGAGCCAUAGGGAAAAUCAGUGUGCAGAGUACAGCAUUUUCAUCAUUUGGAAUUUUCCACAAGGCCUUGGAUUAAAAGUGAAAAUAGGAAGCUAUUUUCCGUGUUUUCCACAGAUGCAACAACUUCAUAUAUUUGAAGACAUGGAGUGGGCGACAGGGGGAAAUUUGGUUCCCUCCUCCUUGUGUAGUGUGCCAUGUACUGCUGGAUUUAGGAAAAUUCAUCAGAAAGAAACAGCAGACUGCUGCUUUGAUUGUGUUCAGUGCCCAGAAAAUGAGGUUUCCAAUGAAACAGCAGAUAUUGAACAGUGUGUGAGGUGUCCAGAUGAUAAGUAUGCCAACUUGGAGCAAACCCACUGCCUCCAAAGAGCUGUGUCAUUUCUGUCUUAUGAAGAUCCACUGGGGAUGGCUCUAAGUUCCACUGCUCUAUCCUUCUCGGCCUUCACAAUUCUAGUACUCAUCACUUUUGUGAAGUACAAGGAUACUCCUAUUGUGAAGGCAAAUAAUCUCAUUCUCAGCUACAUCCUGCUCAUCUCACUAGUCUUCUGUUUUCUCUGCUCAUUGCUCUUUUUUGGACAUCCCAACCAGGCCACCUGCAUCCUGCAGCAGACCACAUUUGGAGUGUUUUUCACAGUCGCUGUUUCUACAGUGUUGGCCAAAACAAUAACUGUGGUCAUGGCUUUCAAGCUCACUACUCCAGGAAGGAGGAUGAGAGGAAUGCUGACAUCGGGGGUACCUAACUUGGUCAUUCCCAUUUGUACCCUGAUCCAACUUGUUCUCUGUGGCAUCUGGUUGGUAACAUCUCCUCCCUUUAUUGACAGGGAUACACAAUCUGAACAUGGAAAGAUUGUCGUUAUUUGCAACAAAGGCUCACUCAUUGCCUUCCAUGUUGUCCUGGGAUAUUUGGGUUCCUUGGCUCAGGGGAGCUUCACUGUGGCUUUCCUGGCUAGAAACCUUCCUGACAGAUUCAAUGAAGCCAAGUUCCUAACUUUCAGCAUGCUGGUGUUCUGCAGUGUCUGGAUCACCUUCCUCCCUGUCUACCACAGCACCAGGGGGAAGAUCAUGGUGGUUGUGGAGGUCUUCUCCAUCUUGGCUUCUAGUGCAGGGUUGCUAGGGUGUAUCUUUGUCCCAAAGUGUUAUGUUAUUUUAGUUAGACCAAAUUCAAAUUUUGUAAAGAAAUACAGAGAUAAAUUGCUUCAUUGA